GGACAAUCGUCCAACGGCUUCAUUUUCUAUAUGCUUCAAUAAAGGAGGCUCUUAUUUCAGCUAGAUCCCAGUCCGGUUUCAAGAGUCCGAUCUGAUAAGCAGUAUACGUGGGUUGUUCAGCUACUCAUCUAAAGCACAAUGGCAUCGCAACUUCUGCCCCUCGAACUGAUCGACAAGUGUGUCGGAUCCAGAAUUUGGGUCAUCAUGAAGGGUGACAAAGAAUUCUCUGGGACACUGCUCGGAUUUGAUGACUACGUCAACAUGGUUAUGGAGGAUGUGACUGAAUUUGAUUAUUCCGGCUCCCAAGUCAAGCUGCCUAAGAUCUUGCUCAACGGAAACAAUAUAUGCAUGUUGAUCCCUGGUGGGGAAGGUCCUGGUGGCAGUGAAUAAAACUCACGAUAUCCCAUUUUCUUUGCUAGCUAUGACGAAAAAAAAAAUUCUGCGAACGAUGAUGAAACGAUAUCACAUAGAAACCAUCUAAUGCCAAACCAAUUGCAUUUCUUUUCUUUUUCUUUUUAUUUGUUGUGGGGUGGCUCUUUUGUUUUGGCGAUAUUGACAUUUCGUGUUGUCAAGAAUUGGCUAAAUUCUUGUGGCUGAUAUGCGCAAAAGCUUUUACUCCAACAAUCGACUCAGAUACCAAAAAUGCCAGAAGACAAACAUCAAAAUUGAGGCUUAGUUCCACGACUGGUUAUUAUAACGUAAUAUUGUUAGAUGGGCUGGUCGAAGGAUCACUGCAAUUUCUUUGACUAUGACUUUAUUUGGCUACAACCAAGAUAUCGAUCAGCAGAGAAAAUAAAGACAAAGGGACUGUCUAAAUAAGUGGAAAUGCGAUAUUAUAAUAAUCAGUAAACGAUUCAAACCCGCCUAGUC